CUCCUAGCCACAAGAAGUAGACACCAUGACAGACACAACAACGCCGCUACCACCGCCGCCACCUAAGGAGGCGGGAGAUGCUUCCAAGGGGCAAGAAAACGGAGGGGAGGAGGAGAAGGAGGAAGACGUAGCGAUGCCACCAGCACCCGCUCCGCCAGCAGCCUCCGCUGCCGGAGUACCUGCCGCUACGGUGGCUGCGGUUGCUGUUGCUGCGCCCGCACAGACGGGGGGAGGGAAGAGAUCUCCGAGCGACUUCCUUAAGACUGUGCUGGGGCGUCCUGUGGUGGUGAAGCUGAACUCGGGGAUAGAUUACAGGGGCGUGUUGGUGUGUCUUGACGGUUACAUGAACAUCGCCAUGGAACAAACAGAGGAGUACGUGAACGGCCAGCUCAAGGCAACGUUUGGAGACUGCUUCAUCCGCGGGAACAAUGUCCUGUACAUCAGCACUCAACGCCGAAGGUGAUACGGCAGGACAAAAAAUCACCACAUCCCCAGCAUACCUGUCUUUCGAGGGAUGCUCGGCCUCACCUUGACCCGGAACUCUUUGCGUCCGUCCGAUCACGCAAACCGGCUCCUACCUUUACAUCUCUCGCUUGGUGAUAGCGGGGCCAAGCGCGGUGGAGCGGGGCGCGGGGCGGGGCGAGGCGGAGCGUUGCAAACCUGUCAUUUGCUGUAGAUCGAGGACAAGUGCAGUGUCGCUUACCCACCGCUGCACGCAAACGUUGUAUAGCUUUAGUCUUUAUAUCAUCGGGCGUUUCUUUCCAAUUAUCGCUUGUUCGGUCCCCUCCCCGGCCCCCCGAGACCAGCACACGCACACGAAGUAUGUAGAGGGUGCUGAGUCUGGUCGAUACCUUUGUGCUCCCUUCUCUCUUUUGCCAUGAGAGAUAUCUCCGCCGUAAGGGUGCUGAGUGGCCAAUGUUUCCGACUCGCCACGUUUCCUCGGGGUUUGGUCUCUAUUUUUUCGUGAAGAAGCACGAUACCCCAUACCGGAGCGCGGUAGGUGAAGGGUAAUAGAGUUGUGCUCUGUCAACUCGAAUCCCUCCGAAUAUUCAUUUUCAUCGAACGAAGUGGAAUCGAGUGUCGAAAGGCGAUCGAUAAUCUCAUUUUGAGUAAGAGACCCUUCACAUUGUGAGAGGGUAAGCGAAAAUGAUGGUGUGUGGUGUGUUUUCCAAGUGUUGUACGCAUAUGUAAAAUCCCGUUUUGUUUUCAGCGGCUCGCAGUUGUUUUCCAUUCCGCCGAGGAUGAAAGGUACGACCGUCCAUCGUGACAAGACAGUAGUUUACCGGAAAUUGAACGAACCUCGCGUUGGUUGACAGCUUGUGGCCAUUUGCUUCGCUACCUUUGAAUGGCAGAGAAGCAAGGGCCCUUGGUAAAAGCUUGGUUUAUUCACCUCAAGACGAUAUCAACGACAACGAUACAAGGUAUCCACGGUGGAAGGCUUGACUAACUGAAACCAACCGUCACUCAGGGUGAGCGUUCAACCGAGUCGCAACAGGCAUUGCGAAAGUGGUGCAAGCACUGGAAAUAAGCACCAGUUGCUACGGUACCCGUAUAGCUACAAACGAACGUAUGUUUGCAAAGAAAGCUCGGCGGAGGUGCGCAAGUAGGUUCUAGGGAAAAAAAAACGCUAGAAAAAGAACUCGGAACAAACAAAGUUGAUUGUCGUUCUGGGGACUCUUGAAGUCUCAGCAGCAGCAGCAGCACUCCUUCUGAAAAAACAACCGCAGCAGCAGUCGAUAGACAGUACACACGGAAUCUUGCAAAUACCAUACGAAUCUCUACUCAUGAGGCUGAGUCCAGCUCUCUCCAGCUCUCUCCAUCUCUCUCAAGUUCUCGAAUGCACUUGUUUGGUGCGAGUUUGUUGUCUUCGGGCAGAAGUGAUGCGGGAAAACACUGCACCCCUCGACACGAGACGAGGAAAAAAAAAAAACGUCCACAACGGCACCGCACGAAAACAUGACCGCGCCCUCGAUCCCUUACCUACACCCGUGUUCCCGCAAUCAUAACCCUACUCGUAAUGAUGCAUCACUCCCCCCUCGAGCCUUCCCCUCCCUCACUGCUACCCACGGCUGCUCCAUCGUGGGCGCACGUCACUCGUCUCCCCACGCGGGCACGCGGCACAAGUCCGCCCCGCCCUGCCGCAUCCAUGCCAUUAGGGCAAGGGCCCGUGAGAGAGUCCUGCCCACGUGUGGCGAGCGAGAAACUAUGCUGGGGACUACCAUAUCCACGCUUGCGGCAUACGCAAGGAUUAUUCCCACAUAGAGGAACAAACGCGAACUACCCCCCCCCUCCCUCCAAAAAAAAAAUUACAAGUCCGAAGGUAAGGAAGUGGUUGGUUCAAGCGGCGAUACUGCCCGGGAGGGGCAGAGUGACGCUUCUUUCUUUGCGUGCUCCUGUACAACCAAAGGGAGGUGGUAGAACUCCUCCCUCCCGAUGGAAGGAACCGAUGCACUCGUGGAAGCAAUGUACACACAAGCGAACUCCUUUUAAGACGGGCUGAGACCCAGCCAACUCGCAUGUCAAAAGUCGUCAUUUUCUGAACGCGGCCCGGACCAGCGAGAAAUCACACAUUUCUCCACGCCGCGACUGAGAGAGUCGAUGUCGCCGCCUACCAACGCUUUUCAGCCAGGCACCAGUAGCCGCGGCGAUACCGAUCCUGCCCCGCCCGGUUCCAACCCCUCCCCUGUCCGCUUGAUUGUCCAGUCCACGGGGCCGCCGUUGCCCGCGGGAUGGACAAGAACGCGAUGGUCCCGCCAUGAGACCCCCUACCAUGCGCCCACCCCCAACCUUGUUCUUCCGCUGCAGCCUGUUUCGGCGCAUGAUACAGGUCGGUUACAUCCUACAUAUCCAACGACUCGCCAAGAGGAACAUCUCAAGGGUCCCCAUGGCCAGGAGGGUUGGGUGCUGGUGGUAGUGGUGGAAAAAAACAAAACGAUGACAAGCAAUCACGAGCAUUGCCGAGGCGAAUGCAAAUGCAAAAAUACAAGCGCGGUAUUCGAGCAAGGCAACAGCGAAGAGUAAGUCAAGGCAAAACACAAGACACACACACAACGCAAGAAAAAAAAGAGAAGAAAACGGGGGCCAUGUUGCGCUUCCAGCACACGCCCACGGAAAAUAAACAUUUUUCUUCGCCCAAACAACACCUUACCCCGACUACGCCCGAACCCCAACCCCCCAUACACGAUAAGCUAAGCCAAAAACAAUUCUCCUACGCCCGAUAAGGGGCCUGCUCACAUUCUACGAAAUCUACGAAGGCGCUGAGGCUUUAUGGUCACUGACACAAUAAUGAAAUUCCCUUUUACUGAGGCAACAAGAUGGAAUUAAACCACAAUUUAACCCUGUGCGUAGUCGCCAAGCCCCCCCCCCCCCCCCCCCCCC